CGGGGUCGUACUACCGGUACUGCACACCAUGAACCCCUCCGCUCAGCGCUGUGACAAGCGGCAACGGCGGCACUUCUGCAUUCGCCAAAUGCAUCCAUGUGCAGCAGUCGGCGCUGCAAGCAGCUGCCGUACCAGAUAAGAGUCGCAACCACAUCCCUGCACUUUCUCUCCCUACCCCUCAAACCCCCAUCCUACUCUUUCUGCUCCCCGCCCUCUUCUUCAUCCCCGUUAUUCACCUCACCCUCCCAGGCUCCAGUCGCUUCACCACAGCGCUGCAGCUCUCCGUCUCCGAACUGCCCCAACAGGAUGAGGAUGCGACCCACAGCGACCCCACUGACCCACGGGUCACCAUCAGCCACCGCGACGCAGCCUCCUCCUCCCCCAGCUGCAGCUGCUCCCUGCAGCUGGUGUACGGCGUGCGGUGUGCGGCGGUCUCAGUGCCCUGGCCCAUGUCGGCUUCCAUCGAGAACCUGAUGACGGAGAAGGCGCUGGUGUCCAUGCGAACCUUCCUGGACUUCUGCAACCAACUCCUGGACGAGCAACAAGCCGCCGCAGCACCGGCAGCAGCAGCGGCCGCUCCUGCUGCCGGUACCGCCGCUUCACAUGUGCCUGCUGCUACAGCUGCUCCUGACACAGCCGCCACGUCAUCAGUGCCUGCGGGUGUCACCGCAACUGUGGUGGCAACUGCCGCCUCCCCCAGGUCUGGACACGAGCAACAGCAGCAGCAGCACCUCUCAUCGCCGUUCCGGAACGCAGCUGCUAGUGCUGCUGGUGCGGACGGUGGUGGAGGCUGCCGCAACAGCGGGGGAGGAGGCACAACGGCAGCAGCAGGGGGUGGGAGUGGAGGUGGGGUGCUGGCCGCUCCGCCCUCCGCGGCUACCACGGGUCCUGGAGGAGGCUCCCUUCCACCAAUGGCUCCCUCCUCCUCCCGCCGCCCCGCGCCCGCCCCCUCCUCCGCCCCCUCCCUGCGCCCGCACCGCUGGCCCAGCAUCACCUGCUCUCAGGACCUGCUGCUGCCGGGGCCGGGGGAGGGGCCGGCAGGGGGAGGGGCAGGGGGUGCGGAUGUGUUUUGGGACGCGCCGGAGCAGUGGGGAGCGGCUUCCUCCUCGUGCUCAGGCUACAGCAGCGGAGUGGUCAGCCCCUCCCGCCAGUUCUCCAUCCCACCCCUCAGACGGCUAUCAGGAGAUCACACCCUGGGCGGCGCAGCUGCUGCCGCCGCUGCUGGCGCCGCUUCGGAAGCCUCCUCCCGUCAGCAGCAACAGCAGCAACAUCAUCACGCGGUGGUGGUUGCGGCGGUCGAUCAGUUGGCGGCGGCGGUUGCCGUACUGGAUCGCAAAGUCGACCGUGUGCUUCAGCUGCAGCAGCAGCACCAGCAGCAGCUGGACGCAGUAGCAGCAGCGGCGGGGGUGGAGGGUGAUGGGGAUGCUGGCAUCGGCGGCGCCAGGCGGCGGUACGGCAGCGGCAGUGGCGGGGGUGCCGGUAGUACGACAUGGUUGUUGCGGUUGGUUGCAGCGCUGCUGCUAGCGACUAUGAUCCUGGUGGGGUACUGGGUGGCGCACCCGCAUGCAACCGGGUUCGGACCUGGUUCCUCCUCCUCCUCCCCAUCAUCAUCGUCUUCCCCGUCCUCGGUAUUCGCUUCUUCGUCUUCUUCUCCUUUCUACGGAGGCGGCAAGACAGCGGCGGUGAUUCGUGUGGAUGCAGUAGGGGCAGUAGGAGAAAAGGGAGGAAACGGUGCAGGAGGAGGCGUGAGUGGCUCCGGAGGGGGAGGGAGAGGCCCAGCGAAGCGGGUGCUGUCAGCGGUGGUUGGAGGCACGGGCGAUGGUGCUAGUGCUGCUGCUGCUGGUGGUGCCAACAUCCGGGGCGGUCGAGAACUGCAGGGGCGGCAGCCGCAGCAGGGGUGGCAGCGGCGGCACCGACGGCGGUAAAGCGUAGUACCGUUGAAGCGCGCAUGGCCGACCUGGCUGUAAGGGCUGGCUGGCGGGGUGCUGGCUAAGGUUUGGGGGCCUGACUAGAGAUGUGUAUAUAUAACUGGCCGCGAGGCGGAACGUACUGUGAUUGUGUCCAUGCGACGGCAAUGGGAGCUCUUGCCGUGAGGUCAUUGAGGAGGGAGGUUACUGCCGCGCGUGUGUACAUGGCUAUACGAAUGCGUGCGUACGUGCGUCCACGUACCAGUAAUCUAUGCGGCUCCUGGUGUCGUGACGACUGCACAUGCCAGUGACCUAACCCCUGUUGCCCGUGUGUCCACUGAGACACACGCUGCAUGUACAUAUACGGUCCAGUGCUGGCGACCGGUCUGAAGUGGGUAUAGCUGGGUAUAGAUGCGGGUAUAGAUGGGUAUAGAUGCGAGGAAUUGUAGAACGUUCGUGUGCCUGCCCUGGACAGUCGGCCUACAUGUGGGUGGUGGGUUAGACCGUGAUGUGCAGGAAGUGAUACUUCUUGGCGUGCGCUACGGGUGCAUGUGCGCGUUAUGCUGCCUACCGGUUUGCGCAGUACAAGGGUUCGUACACUGCCGUACGGUGCACUGAGUACGAGCCCAUUUGUUUUAAAUCAAUGGCGCUAGUGGCGUAGCGUGGAGGAGGUGCUGGCGGAUCGGGUGGUAGAGAAUACCGGUGACUAACUAACCACAUGACGCAACUCCAGCGGGUUAGCGGGAGCUGAGCGUAUGUCCUGGAGCCGCCUCGCCCU